AUGAGACAUGUAAGUGCUUGAGUUGUCUGUAAUAAACAUAUCUGGUAUCCAUGUAAACACAACCGGCCACAUAAAUGAUGUCUCAUUCGUGUUUGAACUUUAUAUUCUUAUACAGAUUGUUGCUACACAUUGCUUUUCUUUUAUUUUUAUUUCAGUUCAAUUGGAAAAGAUGGCGAAAAAAACACCAAAGUUUGGAGCCUUGCCAACUUUCAGUAUGCCUAAGAGAAGUCAUGACAUGGUGAGACCUGUUGCAUGUCCAUUGAGAUCUGUGGUAGAAGACAACCUGUUACAGAGAGCCACCAGAAAUACUAUAGUAGCUUCAGUGACCUCUGUAAAAGAGUAAAAACUUUGAAAACAUUGCAGGAAUGGACAGUCCAAGAACUAGAGAAUAGACUUCUAUUACAAAAGAAAAGUGCGGUAAUGCUUCCAGAAUUUGAGUUGAUGAUUGAUGAUAGUCUGGGGUUUAGAAUUUCUGUCUAA